AGGGAGCAGCAACGCCUCAACGGAGGAGGUGUUCCUGGUGGCCAUCUUUGAUGCGCGGAGUGAUUGUUUGGCGAAUAGAAGUAAUAGGAAAUAAAAAAUAAAGACCGAAAAAAGUUGGGAAAUUGGUAACGGAGCACAAGCUGAAAGAAAGAGGGAAGGUGAAACUAAGGAAAAUCAGCAAAAGAAGGCAUGAAGAAAGCAUCCUAGUCAAGUCAUGGCAGAUAAAAGAAAACUACAAGGUGAAAUUGAUCGAUGUCUAAAAAAAGUCGCAGAAGGAGUAGAACAGUUUGAAGACAUUUGGCAAAAGCUUCACAAUGCAGCCAAUGCCAACCAAAAAGAGAAGUAUGAGGCUGACCUCAAGAAAGAGAUAAAGAAAUUACAGCGCCUCCGAGACCAGAUUAAGACGUGGGUGGCCUCAAACGAGAUCAAAGACAAAAGGCAGCUAGUGGACAACCGCAAACUCAUAGAGACACAAAUGGAGCGCUUUAAAAUUGUGGAGCGAGAGACAAAAACGAAAGCGUACUCCAAAGAGGGACUCGGCCUUGCUCAGAAAGUGGACCCUGCGCAAAAAGAGAAAGAGGAGGUUGGACAGUGGCUCACGACAACGAUAGACACGUUAAACAUGCAGGUGGACCAGUUUGAAAGUGAGGUGGAAUCACUCUCAGUCCAGACACGGAAAAAGAAAGGAGACAAAGAGAAGCAGGAUCGGAUAGACGAGCUGAAAAAGUUGAUUGAGAGGCACCGCUACCACAUUCGUAUGCUGGAGACCAUUUUGCGAAUGCUAGAUAACGACUCGGUACAGGUGGAUUCCAUCCGUAAGAUCAAGGAUGACGUGGAGUACUACAUCGAUUCUUCUCAGGAUCCUGACUUUGAGGAGAAUGAAUUCCUCUAUGAUGACCUGGACCUGGAGGAUAUAUCCCAGCCAUUGGUUGCCACAUCUCCUCCAGCUCACACGGAGGAUGAAAUCUUCCAGCACUCCAGUUCUACACCGACAUCCACCACUUCGUCUUCCCCAAUUCCUCCAUCCCCGGCUACUUGCACUACGAAUUCUGAGGAUGAUAAGAAGCGAGGUCGUUCCACAGAUAGUGAAUUCAGUCAGUCUCCAGUAAAGAAUGGCAAUCCAUCAUCUCUUUCCUCGUCCUCAUCGUCCUCUUCGUGUUCGGGAUCUUCCUCUACCUCGGUGGUGUCUGUGGCGACCGUGGCAAGCAGCAGCAGCUCGGGAGGCGGGGGUAGCAGCCUCCUGAGCAACAUGGGAGGCCAUGUACAAAACUCAUGCAGCUACAGCUCUGCCAUCCAGCAGCAAAUGCAGCAUGGCCAACAGCAACACCAAUCCAAAAAUGCCAUCAACUCCCAAUCCAGCGCCUCUGCCUCUGCAGCUCCCUCCAGUAUUCUCUUACCCAGUCCCACAUCAACCUCUUCUCCUUCCAGUAUCAGUACACCCAGCAACCAAGCCCAGCCUCUGCUCACUCCAAGUCCAGCUUCCAGCCUGAGCCAUGCUCUCAGCCUGGGCCUAGCCAAGAGUGGUGCACCGACCACCAGUGGUGUUGGCCAGAUUCCCGGCCUUAGUCUUUCAGGGAUGCCGGCGUCCAGGACCAGCAUGCCAGGGCCCCUGCAAGGUUCCACCCCAGCACCUUAUGCCCAGGCUGCUGCAUCCGGCACUGCCAAUGCCACAGUUAAUGCCAGUGUCACAAACUCCAGUGGAGUUCCAACAGCUGGCACAAAUGGAAACAGUGCUUCAACAGGCCUCUUGGGGUCAGCACCAGGCACUACAGGGAUCAGCAGUGCAGUCUUAGGUCUGGGGACCACACCGACUGCAGUGCAGCCCUCGUCCUUGGUUUCACCCAGCCCUGUUGGAGGGGGAUUGGUGCAGACGAGCAGCGUGGGCGUUAUUGGGAGUAAUGGUGGAAACUCUAUAUCAGGAAGUGCAACGGCUGUGGGGAGCUCUGGGCUUCCACGGCCACCUAGUGGGCAGAAGCAGAAUGGCGGCACAACCUAUAGUGCCAUAGUAGCAGAUAGCGCAUCUGAUUCUGCCCUCAGCAGUGCCAGCCAGUUACAAAACAACCAAGCCUCAACCUUAAAUUCCACAACCAAUCUGCCUAAGGACAAUGGGUCCAGCCUUCUGGGGUCUAUGACUCUUCCUACCAGUUCACCAUCGCCCUCGUAUAGUGAGAGUAAACCAAGUGGGGGCAGCCUGUUGAAUGGACCUCACUCCUUCACACAAGCGGCUGAUGCCAUCAAGCCUCAGGAACCGCUCAGUUCUCUGAAAUCGAUGGCAGAGAGAGCAGCUCAGGUCUCAAGUUUAGAAGGAGAACUCUCUGCGCUACAUCUCACUGGAGUAAACAAAGUUGGAGAUUGGAAUACACGAGUGUGCAAUGGUUCAGAUAUCUUCCCUAGUUCCACAGCCCCGACAGGUCCCCCUACAGCCCCCCAGUCUUCUCUUUCAGAGGUUAACAUUCCUCCAUCGCUGGGCGUCUGUCCUCUGGGUUCUGUCCCCAUCUCCAAAGAGCAGCACUACCAGCACGUUAUGCUAGAGGCAGCCUGGACACACAUGCCCCACCCGUCAGACUCGGAGAGGAUCAGGCAGUACCUGAUGAGGAAUCCCUGUCCUACGUUGCCUUUCCAUCACCAGGUGCCACCACCACACUCAGACUCUGUGGAGUUCUACCAGAGGCUCUCCACGGAGACUCUCUUCUUCAUUUUCUACUACCUUGAGGGCACAAAGGCUCAGUAUUUGGCAGCCAAAGCCUUGAAAAAGCAGUCCUGGAGGUUCCACACAAAGUACAUGAUGUGGUUCCAGAGGCACGAGGAACCUAAGACCAUCACUGAUGAGUUUGAGCAGGGGACAUACAUUUACUUUGACUACGAGAAGUGGGGCCAGAGGAAGAAAGAAGGAUUCACGUUUGAGUACAGGUAUCUUGAGGACCGGGACCUCCAGUGACAGACAAUAAGAACUGCAGACUACUGUUGACAUUCCUGGACUGAAUCCACACUCUCACGCACGUGGUGUGGCGACUCAGAUGCUGUUACGAGGCUGUUUUAUGUCUCGUUGGUGCAUAUUGCCUUUGGAGUUUCUCCCAGUACCUACAAAAUCCACUUGCCCAGAACUUUUUCCACUUAUCACCUUGUUUUAGUAAAACUCUUAAAAUCUUGACAGAGCAUUCUUGAGCCAAAGAGACACAAGCCUACAAACUUUCGUCCAGCACAGUAGACAACAAACACAAGUCAGAUUGUGUUGCUGGUACGAUUCGUAGUGCACAAGCAAAUGUUAAAUAUCUGAUCUAGCACAAGGAAUACUGAGCUGUGAGAGACCAAAUUCAAUUGCUUAUUCUUGAAGUUGUCAUCAUUUUAAAGCUGGAUUAAAUGAACUGGCCUGCAUUUGAUGUGUCUGACUGCAACCAUAAUCAAUAAUUCCAUUUGCUUCCUCCUUGUACCUUAAGCAUUUUUUUUUUUUUUUAAUUAAAUGGGACGUUUUAAACAUUAGGGUUGUCCACAUGCUCAUACAGCAAUCCAAUAUACAAGAGUAAUUACAAUCUAUAUCUCACUCCAUCAAUUAAUAUCCAGCCCCUACUUCUAAGUAAAGAUAACGACACUGCCCAGAGUGAGAGAGAAUUGGAAUGAAAAGCACCAGCACUAAAAAAAAAAAAUCCUCUAAGGUCAGCUUACAUGUGUCAGAAUUGGACAUGCACCCAUUACUGAGGCUCAGGAAAAAAAAAAAAAAGGUAUUAAAAGACUUAGUUUGCAUGACCGCAGUAUUGUGUAUGGAUCAUACAAAACCUUGAUUUAGACUGACGAAAAGAAAAGAAAAGAAAAAACCUUGGUCAGUUUGGGAUGAAUUGGUACACUGACUUGUUUUUGGACAUUCACAAAAAAAAAAAAAAAAAAAAAGGACAUGCUCUUCUGAAGCAUCACUACAGUCGCAUUAGGGACAAAAUGGCCCACUACGUUCAUCUUACUGGCCAGCAAUCUGCUUCAUUUCACAAAGCUUCUUAAUUACAAUAUCCUUCAGUGUUUGGAGUGCCACUCCAAUGACUUAUCUUUUUUUUGCCCAUGAGAACUUGCCAUCUUAGAUAUAACUAUCUGAAGAAAGUAGAUAAUCAGCAAUUAUUUUUUUUUUUGUUUAAUUUCAUUAAACAUGGUGCAUGAUACCUAUGUGACAAGUGGCCUUGUGCCCCAUCCAGUUUUGUUACGUUUACUUUUCCUGAGCGUACUGUAUGGAAGAGAAUUAAAAUGUGAAUUAUAUAUUUUUUUUUU